CUGUCGCUCAGCUGAAGGCGGGACCGUGUAUUCCGCGGGAGCCGCUCUGUUGUCGCUGCUUCGUAACUCGGCGGGUGAUUUCAGCCUCCAGGCUCCAGGAUGAGUCUGUGGGUCGAUAAGUACAGGCCGACGUCUCUGGCGAAGUUGGACUACCACCGAGAGCAGGCGAACCAGCUGAGGAACCUGGUACAAUGCGGAGACUUCCCUCAUCUGCUUGUUUACGGUCCGUCUGGCGCCGGCAAGAAGACUCGAAUAAUGUGCCUCCUUCGUGAGCUGUACGGCGCUGGGGUGGAGAAACUGCGCAUUGAGCACCAGUCCAUCGUAGCUCCGUCUAAGAAGAAAAUUGAAAUCAACACAAUUGCCAGCAACUACCAUUUGGAGGUGAAUCCAAGUGAUGCAGGGAACAGUGACCGUGUCGUCAUCCAAGAGCUGAUUAAAACAGUGGCUCAGUCUCAGCAGAUCCAGUCCAGCACGCAAAGAGAGUUCAAAGUUGUGCUGCUGACGGAGGUGGACCGCCUCACCAAAGACGCGCAGCACGCCCUCCGCCGCACCAUGGAGAAAUACAUGUCCACCUGCCGCCUUAUCCUCUGCUGCAACUCCACCUCUAAAGUGAUCUCGCCCAUCCGGAGCAGGUGUCUGGCUGUACGAGUGCCGUUGCCCAGCACAGAAGAGGUGUGCAGUGUUCUGACGAGCGUGUGCAAGAAGGAAGGGCUGCUUCUGCCAGUGGAGCUGGCUAAACGGAUCGCAGAGAAGUGUGGUCGCAACCUUCGCAAAGCUCUGCUGAUGUGUGAGGCCUGUCGAGUUCAACAGUACCCUUUCUCUGCCGAACAGGACAUCCCUGAAACAGACUGGGAGGUGUAUCUCAGGGAGACCGCAAAUGCCAUCGUCAGCCAGCAGAGCCCCCAAAGGCUUUUGGAAGUUCGGGCAAGACUCUAUGAACUAUUAACCCACUGCAUCCCACCAGAAAUCAUCAUGAAGGGCCUGGUGUCUGAGCUGCUGAACAACUGUGAUGGCCAUCUGAAAGCUGAGGUGGCUCAGAUGGCCGCCUAUUACGAACAUAGACUACAGUUGGGCAACAAAGCCAUUUACCACCUGGAAGCCUUCGUGGCCAAGUUUAUGGCCAUCUACAAGAAGUUCAUGGAGGACGGGCUCGACAACUUGAUGUUCUAAACUCUCCAUCAGAAAUAUCUGGUGACUGUUUUGCUUCUAAUCUGAUUUUCUUUGCAAUAAAUAAUCUUUUGUUAAAUUC